AUGUCACAGAAAUCAUCAGAUGUUCAAUUGCAACCAAUUUUAAAUAAUGAUGAUAAUCAAUUAAAUAAUAAUAACCAAGAUAUUAUUAUAGAUACUUUAAUUGAAAAAAGACAACUAAUUAAACAAUUGUUACGUGAAGAUCAAGGUAAACAAGGUGAUGAUUGGUUUAUUAUCCCACAAAAAUUUAUGUCACAAUUUUUAAAUUUUCCCGUCAAUAAUUUUCAAGAUUUAUAUGAUAAAAUUUCACCAAUUGAUUUUAAUACAAUAUGUGAUUUAAAUGGUAAUUUAACAGAAAAUGACGACGAUAUUUGUAAAAUACCCCCUAAAGUUUAUGAAAAUUUAUUUGAAUGGUUUGGUGCUUUAGGUUCGCCAAUUAUAAGAUCUUUAAAUUUAAAUGAAACAACUGGAAUAUUAGAAAUUGAUAGAAUUCCAAUACAUUUUUCAAUUCAUCAAUUAGGUAAAAAUAAAACUCAAAGUUAUUUUAGAAGUUCUCGUCAAUAUAAUAAUAAUCAUCAUCAAGAUUCUUCAGUACCUAUUACUAUAUCAGAAACUAAAACUUUUUUAGAUUUAUUUGAAUUAAUUAAAAAAAUUAUAUUUAAAUCAGAUAAAAAAACUGUUUCUGACUUCAGAAUUUGGGUAAUUAAUACUUCAAAUUAUGAAAAAUCAUUACCUUAUACAAUUCCAUUAUCAACUUUUUUAUUUGAUACUCAAAAUAAACAAUUAAUAACUUUAAAUCAUUUUUCUGGUGGUUUGAAAAAACUUGGUUUUGAUAAUGGUAAAUUUUUUACAUUAAUGAUUGAAAUAAAAGAUCGUGAUUCAACAUAUCCUAUAAAUAAUUAUAUCUACAAUCAAUUAAAUAAUAGUAAUAACAAUAACAAUAAUAAUAAUAAUAAUAAUAAUAAUAAUAAUAAUAAUAAUAAUAAUAAUAAUAAUAAUAAUAAUAAUAAUAAUAAUAAUAAUAAUAAUAAUAAUAAUAAUAAUAAGAAUAAUAAUAAUAAUAAUAAUAAUAAUGGUCGUGUUUUUCAAAUAGGUGAUCAAGGUGGUGGUAAUCUUGGUUUAUCAAAUUUGGGAAAUACAUGUUACAUGAAUUCUGCCUUGCAAUGUUUAUUACAUGUUCCUGAAAUCAAUUAUUAUUUUUUUUAUAAUCUUUAUUUAAAAGAGUUAAAUAUUUCAAAUCCUUUAGGUUAUCAUGGUGAAGUUGCAAAAUCUUUUGGAAAUUUAUUAAAACAAGCAUUUGAUACAUCUAAUUCAAAACAAAUUACUUCAAGUUUUUCUCCAAGAGAUUUCAAAUCUACAAUUGGUAGAUUUUCAUCAAUGUUUUCUGGUUAUUUACAACAAGAUUCUCAAGAAUUAUUAAGUUGGUUAUUAGAUGCAUUACAUGAAGAUUUAAAUAGAAUAAUUGAUAAACCAUAUUGUGAAAAACCAGAAUUAAAAGAUGAAGAAAUUAAUGAUCCAAUGGCAAUUGUAAAUUUAGCAAAUAAAUGUUGGCAACAACAUAAAGCAAGAAAUGAUUCAAUUAUAAUUGAUUUAUUUACUGGUUUAUAUCAAUCAAUUUUAAUUUGUCCCGAUUGUAAUAAAACUUCAAUUACAUUUGAUCCAUUUAAUGAUUUAACAUUACCAUUACCAAUUAAUAAAAAAUGGUAUCAUACAUUUACAAUUGUUGAUUUAUCUAAUAACCAAAUAAUACCUAAAAAAAUGAUGAAAUUAGAAGUUGAAUUAAAAAAAACUUCAAAUUAUGAUGAAUUAAUUAAUUAUUUAUCAAAUUUUUUAAAAAUUGAUUCUAAAUUUUUAUUCAUUUAUGAAAUUUUUCAAAAUUCAAUUUAUUCAGAUUUUCAAAUAGAUUAUAAUAAGAAUAAAUUUUUACCAAUCGGUGAUUUAAUUAGAGAUGGCGAUGAUAUUUAUGUAUAUAUUUUACCACCAUAUGAUGAAAAUGAAGAUUUAAUUAUACCUGUUUUUAAUUCAACUGAAGAUCAAGAUGCUUCUUAUAAAAUGAUGAAUGUUUUUGGUAUACCAUUAUUUAUUACUUUAAAUAAACAAGAAAUUAAUAGUUUUGGUAAAAUUAGAAGAAAAUUAUUACAAGUUUGUUCAGCAAUGUCAAAUUUAAAUCUUGUUGAAGAAUAUGAAAAAAUUAAACAAAUGGAUGAAAAUUAUGUUGAAAAGGAAAUUUAUACAAAGAAAGAUUUCCCAUUGAUUAAUAAUGAUGAUUCAGAUGAUGGUUAUGAUUCUGAUAUUUCAUUAGCUAGUCCUUAUUUAAGUGAAGAUUUUGGAUUUAAAAUAUUAUCAAAUGAUUCAAAUAAUAUACUAUCCAGACAUUCUAAAAUCAGUGUUCCAAGAUUUAAACCAACAGUAUCACAAUAUAAACCAUUAGCUGAUAAAUUAAGUGAUAUAAAAAGACAUUAUUACCAUUAUCCAAGUAUAAAAGAAAAAGAAAAAGAAAAGGAAAAAGAAAAGGAAAAGGAAAAGGAAAAGGAAUGUGAAAAAGUAGAUGAUACUGAAGGUUAUAUAUUAAUUGAUAGAGAUGUUGAUACGAAAUCAAGCUCAUCGGAAUCAGCAGUUAAAUUACCUCCUCAACAAUCAUUAAUUACAUCAUCUGAUGAAGAAAGUGAACCUGGUUUAGGUAGUUUAUUUGAUUCAACAACAAAUUUAAUUGUUCCACCAACUUCAAAUUAUUCAGAAUCUACAAAACCAUCAAACAUGAACUCACCAAUUGCAAUUGAUCCUUCAAUUACAUCAACUACAACAACAAGAGAUUUAAUUUUAUCAUCUACAACCUUAGUUUGUGAUUGGACAUUUGAUAUUUAUAAAAAAGUAUUUGAAGAAUUUUCAGCAUUCACAAAUAUGGAAAAUAUUGAUAAUCCAGAAUUACAAGCAAAUAAAUUAAAAUUCGAAAGAUUGAAAAAAUCAAAAAUUUCAUUAUAUGAUUGUUUAAAUUCUUUUAGUCAACCUGAAGUAUUAGGUGAACAUGAUUUAUGGUAUUGUCCAAAAUGUAAAGAUCAUAAAAGAGCAACUAAAACAAUUCAAUUAUGGUCAACAGGAGAUAUUUUAACUAUUCAUUUGAAAAGAUUCCAUUCUGCAAGAGCUUUUAGUGAUAAAAUUGAUAUUAUUGUUGAUUUCCCAAUUGAAAAUUUAGAUAUUUCAAAAUAUAUUAAAGAUCCAAAUGAAGAAAAUUCAAUUUAUGAUUUAAUUGCUGUUGAUAAUCAUUAUGGUGGAUUAGGUGGUGGUCAUUAUACUGCAUCAGUUUAUAAUUUUAGAGAUUCAAAAUGGUAUUAUUUUAAUGAUUCAAGAGUUACGGAAAUUAAAGAUACAAAUGAAUUAAUUUCAUCAGCUGCUUAUUUAUUAUUUUAUAGAAAAAGAACUAGUGAUAAUUUAGUAGGUAAUGAUGAUUUAAAAAAUUUAAUUUCACAAGGUAGAUUAAAUUAUCAAAAUUUAAUAAAUGAAAAAAAUGAAAUAUUAUCAGAUUUAAAGGAGCAAAUUUUAGAAUUCGAACAACAAGAAGAAAAAUUAAAUAAACCAAAUAUUGCUGAACCAACACCAAAAUUUAAUUUUAAUAAUGAGGAUGAUGAAAUUAAUUAUGAUUCAGAUAGUCAAUUAGAAGAUUGUGCAAUUAGAAAACAAAGAUUAAUUUCAAGAGAUCAAAAUUCAAAUACAUUUGUUCAAAUUAGAAGUAAUGGUGAUGAAGAAUAUACUUCUUCCCCUGUACCUAAUGAUGAUGAAGAAGAAGAUGAAGAAGAAGAAGAAGAAGAUGAUGAUGUUAAAUUGAUCUAG